AUGGUUCUGUUGCGGAACGUGUUACUGCCAGGUCUUCUCGUUUUAUCGCUCGUCGCUACCACACACGCCCAGAGCCUCGCCGCGUUCCUCCCUUUCCCCGGCCUCCCUCGAUGUGUGCUUAUAGCGGGUCUGGAGCCGAAUAAAGUGCUCAAGUACCAUCCUCUGGGCGACAUUGGAGCGACGGGCACUCUCCGCAUCUCCGUCUUUCAGAUGCAAGGGAAGAUUAACCUCAAGUUCAAGGUCGACAGCACCAGUCUCUCUGGCCCGCUCCCCCCGCGCAACAUCACCCUCUUCGACGCGCGCUCGGGCGGCGCCACGGGUCUUCCGAUCUUCGGGCUCAACGGCAAGUGGACGUCCGACCCCGUGACGUCGCAGAUCUCGCUGCGCACGUGGAUCAUGGACGCGGGGAAUAAGUUCCCGCCGGGGUCGACGGUUUCCUACUACGAUCUGGUGAAGCAGGUCGAUUUGAGUCCGCGCAGCUUCUUCGGAGAAGCUGCCACUGAUUCACAGAUGGCGUUUUUAGUCAAUCGCACCUUUCCAGGUUUGCUUCUUCUACUAUUGCUCUUCGCCGCUACAUCCGCCGCUACAACCGCCGCAGUCGGACCCAUAAGAGGAGCCGUUCCACCGCCGGGCAUUUUGCAAUGUAGCUUGCGGGUUGACCUGAAGAGCAACGAAGUCAUCAGCUCGUCGCUCGGCGGAGACCUCGGCGGCACUGGCGACCUAAACAUCUACGUGUACAAGUAUCAAGGCGGGUUGGAUGUCCACAUCAGCUACAACACGCACCAGCUCUCCCUCCCAAUGCCGCCUCCCAACCAAUCCAUCAACCUCGGGACACGUGGCACGAACGGUGACGUGGCCUGGAACAUCGAAGGCACGUGGACGCAACGAAAUGAGGAUCAGUUGGAGCUGAAACGCAUUUACAAGCGCGCUCCACAAGUCAUCAUCCCCGGUACAAGCAUAUCCGUUUACAAGAUGGUGAAAAUGAUUGACCAAAAUCCAGCUGAUUACUACGCAACAAUUUCUACGGACAUGUAUCCCGAGGGAGCAAUCCGCGGGCACCUCUGCGGAGCUUCGGCGUCCGUUACAUUCGGUGCAUCUGGUCAAUCGAGCGCGGCAUUGUUGUAUUCACCUGCGCUUCGACCGAUGCGUGGCGGCCCGCGUGGACACGCGAGGUUGGGUUCGUCGGGAGGUUCGCGCCGUCUGGUUUGUCGAAACGCGUUGCUGGAAGACGAAUCGGACGGAGAAAGCGCCAGGGAAGCAGCAGCGAAGAAGGCAGUGCCGGGCACCAAACCUGGCAGCAGCAGGAGCUGGCAGGAGACCACCGCAUCGGCUGCUGCUGUAGCCGCCCUUCUGGACAGCGCUACAGGCGGCAGCGGAGCAGGAAAGGCUCCAACUGCGUCUGCUGCGAGUGCUGCUGCCACAGGCGGCUCUGCUACAGCCGGUGCUGCAGGGGGUUCCGCUACAGGCGGUGCAGCAGCAGCGGGGCCAGCGGCAGCGGCGGUGGGCGAGUUCUGCAUCAUAGAAGGUCCGGACGCCCUGCAGGACUUUGCCCGCAUGCAGCUCACUGAAAUCCGCGACAACAUCACGUCUCGGCGCAACCGGAUCUUCUUGAUGCUGGAAGAGAUUCGCCGGCUGCGCAUUCAGCAGGAGAUCAAGAACGCAGAGGAGAGCCGCAACAGAGCAGCAGCAGCGGCUGCACGGGCGAAAUUGGGGGGCCUGCCAGUGGAGGAGGAGGAGGAAAUGCCGGAAUAUCCCUCCUCAAUUCCCUUCCUGCCGCCACUUAAAACGGACACCCUCAAGGAGUAUUACAUCACGUUCGCCUUCCUUGUUGCCAGCCUCAUCAUCUUCGGUGGCCUUGUUGCUCCCACUCUGCAACUGCGACUGGGCAUGGGUGGGACGUCCUAUGAGGAUUUCAUUGCCAGCAUGCACCUUCCACGCCAGCUCAGCCAAGUGGAUCCCAUAGUCGCCUCCUUCACGGGAGGGGCGGUGGGCGUGCUGUCAGCGCUGCUGGUGGUGGAGGUGAACAACGUGAAGCAGCAGGAGCACAAGCGCUGCAUGUACUGCCAUGGCUCAGGCUACCUGGCGUGUGCACGCUGCUCUGCCACGGGCUCUCUCAUCGACGUGCAGCUGGAGGGGGAGGGAUCAGCAGAAGGCGGAGCUGCAGUGGCAGGAGGGGGUGCUGUUGCCAAUGGGGCGCUGGCAGCAGCAGCAGGGGGAGCAGGAGGAGCAGAGGGAGCGGUUGGUGGUGGGCGGCAAGGCGUGAAGGUAGCCAAGCGGUGUCCGAAUUGUGCUGGCCUGCGCAAGGUCAUGUGCCCUACUUGUUUGUGCACGGGAAUGGCACUCGCCACAGAGCACGAUCCGCCAGCUGCAGCAGCAGCAGCAGCGCGCGGUGGGCCUGAUAACUCCCGCUUCCGCUACCGCGGCGUGCGGCAGCGCACGUGGGGGAAGUGGGUGGCGGAGAUCCGCGAGCCGCGGCGCAAGGUGCGUCUGUGGCUCGGCUCCUUCGUCUCCGCGGAGCAAGCCGCGCACGCGUACGACCGCGCGGCGCGGAAGCUGUACGGCGCAGACGCCAUGCUCAACUUCCCCGCUGCCCCCGCUCCUGCUCCCCCGCCUGCCCCCCCGCCUGCGCCGAACGGGAGAUCGUGUCUCCCCCGCGUCAGCGCCGAGAACCUCGAAUCGCCCGCGGCGCAUCCUCUAGCAUCACCCAUCGCCGCCCCCGAUACAAGCACAUCGUGGAGCUAUCACCUCCGCAGCGGCCUCCGCGACAACGGCGAGAGUAUCAGCUUCCCGAGGCUGUCAAAUGUCCCCAUUCCUGCCCCUACUCCCGCCCCUACUGCUGCUCCCAAAGCUACUCCCGCUCCCAUUCCUACCGCUACUCCCACUGCUACUGCCAUUUUCGGUGCAAGCACCAGCGGCGGCACCAUCGGCGGCAUCAGCGGCGGCUCCAGCGGUCUCCCCAGCAGCCCGUCGCCGUGGCUCGCGCGCUUCAUGCUCGAAAUCCAGGAGAUGCGCAAACUCGCCGCGAUUCGCGGCGGUCGCGCCGAGGGCUCGGGCUGUGGCCGUGAAAUUGGCUCGCAGCGACCUAGCAUCGGCGUUGCGUCGAAUGUCGCGACGAAUCAAGAUCGGAUAUUUGGGGCGGCAAGCUGCCAGGCCCCUCAUGGCCUCCUCCCAUUCCCCGUCCCCCUUCAGCCUGCUACCAGCUCUCCAGUCGCUUACGGCGAAGCUCCCUGGAACAACUCCGACAGCUGGUGCUUGGCUAGUCAGAGGACACGAGUAGCCAAGGUGCUCGGAACGAUGCAGACGCUGCCGCCGUUCAGCCUGCCUGCUGCUGCUCCGAUGGGAAAGCCCCUGUGCAGUCAGCCGCCCACCUUCCCUGCUGCUCCAGCUGCUGUGCAGGUGCCGGCAUCAGACCCAUCGGCACCGCACACGAAUGCAUCGCACCGGUCAACACCACAAUCGACAGCACCGUCCCCACCGACAAGCUCGCUCCCAGCAUUGAGCGACCCCCAGCAGAUUCUCCUGGAGCAUUACAUGAAGCUGACUGAGCGCCACGUGGCAAUGCAGGGGCGUGACUCUGCAGGCGUCCCUGCCACGUCACCACGCUUGGCGCAGGUGAAGACAGAAGAGGGAUCAGGCAUGUCAGUGCUACCUUUGGGAGAGUCCCUGACCGUACUGGAUCAAAGGAUUGAAGAAGUGCUGGAGGGCAUGCAUAGGGCAGGUGAGCAGUCCUGCUUGAGCCCAGGGAAACGGGGUCGAUACGAGGAGGUCUGCGGUGCAGAUGGGUCUGAUGCUCUGCAGGGUGAUGUGGGCGGCGGUUCUAGCAUGAAACGUGUGUGCUUGCGAACAAAAAGAAGCGAUGCGAAAGAGAACGAGGGUUCGGAAGGGUUGGACGGCAGCAGCAGCAACAGCAGCAAGGUUCUUGAAGAGAGUGGGAACGCUGGAGGGGUAAGCCCCAUAAGCGAUAGUUCUUCCGGGGAUUGUGAGGCUGAGCUCGUCUCUCUGGAUUCUGGUGCGACGGAUUUCCAGCUGGAGGGGGGCGUUUGGGGUAUGGAGGGGUUGGAAAUGCUGCUUCCGGGACUUAACGGGUUGAGGGAUCGGGACGGUCCGGACGACCAGAGGUCGCAUCUGUUGGACGAGCAGGGAGAAGUUGUUGACGGAGAUGACGUUGACGUUGGCGGAGACGACGAGGAGGAGGAGACAGACGAACCGCAGACCAUGCGGCUUUAUGUGGAAGAUCUGGUGACCAGCGCGACGGAUCCCGCUAAAACCGGGCUCGUUGCUGACGUGGCAGGCAACGUGGACAGCGACGAUGAUGACGAGGAUGACGACAAGGAUUCGUUAGAAGACGGAUACGCCAGGAUCUGCUGGCUCGGAUCGGAGGAACCUUUCGAGGAAAGAAUCGAGGAUCUCAAAAUAAUUGACCGUUGCUUCUUACACGGAGACGUCGUGGCGCGCGCGGACGAUCCGCUGGGGCAAACCGGGACCGUGACAGCUGUCGAGCUCCUAUUGGAUCUCGAGCUCGCGUCGGGGGAGAUUCUGAAAGACGUGGAUUCCAGGCGGCUGGUUCCGAUCCGAUCCGUGAAACCCGGAGGUUUUGUCGUUUACCGCGACUGGGUGGGAAGGGUUGACGAUAUUAUGGAUAACCUCGUUUUGGUUUUCGACGACGGAGCGAAAUGUCGGGUUACCAAAGUCAGUCCGGACGAUUUGUAUCCGGUCAGACCGUCGGCAACGGACGACGAGGAGAGCAUUCUUUUUUGGCCCGGGCAGCGCGUGCAGGCAGCGUACUCGAGCAUCUUCCGCCGCGCCCAAUGGCUGAAGGGCACGUGGAAGCAGUCGCGCAUGGAAGCCACGGUGGCAGUCGUCGAACCCGGAACGGCGCUUGUUCAGUGGAUCACGGGGCGACAGCUCAGCAGCGGCGGCGGCGGAAGCGGCGGAGGCGGCGGGAGUGGUGGCGGGGAUGAGGGUAGCAGGGACAGCGGGCGGGGUAGCAGCGCGGUUGAGGAGGAAGAGACUGCGGGGGAUGGGGACGGGGGGAGGAACGGCAACGGCAGCAGCGGCAAGAAGGGAGGCGUGGGGAAAGGGGAAAAGAGUAGGGGGGGCGGGGGGGACGCGGGCGGGGCGAAGGGGCCUCCGCCAGACGAGGAGGAGUUGGCUGCGGUGUAUGAGUUGGCGGAGCAUCCAGACUGGAACUUCAGGCUUGGGGAUGUUGUUGUCAGGCUGGAAACAGGGUUGGGGGAGGCCAGGUGGGAGACAGGGAGGGAGGCAGAGGAAAGGGCAGGGAAGGAGGCAGGGAAGAGGAAGGGAGAGGAGAAGGAAGGAGCAGGAGCGAACCGGGUGGAUGAUAAGGGAGGGGAAAGUGGGAAGGGGGAGGAGGAGGAGCGAGGGGAAAGGAAUGGUGGGACGGCUGCAGACAGAGAGGGGGAGGGAGGGGAACGGAAAGCGAAGGAGGGAGGAGAGGAGGGGAGUGAAAUGAGAGAGGAAGACGUGGCAGAGAAAGAAGAGGAGGAGGAGGAGGAGGAGGAGGAAGAGGAGGAGGAAGAAGAGGAGGAGGAAGGGGAAGAGGAGGAGGAAGGGGAAGAGGAGGAGGGAGCAGGCGAUUGGGAGGAGGCGGAGGAGGGAGAGGAGGGAGAGGAGGGGGGUGAUGGAGAUGCGGGUGGGGGGAGCGUGGAUGCGUCAUGGGUGGGCGAGAUUGCUGCCAUGCGCCAUGGCCUUCUCACCGUCGCAUGGGCUGAUGGCUCCAUGUCUCAGCCCGGCAAUUGCAAGUGGGCCAAGGCUGUGCACAAGGACUGGGAGAUCCUCCAGACCAACCUGCCAGACUCCAUCUCUGUGCGUGUGUACGAGGACCGCAUGGAUCUGCUGCGAGUGGCCAUAGUGGGACCGCCGGACACCCCCUACCACCUCGGGCUCUUCUUCUUCGACAUCUGGCUUCCCCCUGACUACCCUGCCGUGCCGCCAUCUGUGCACUACCAUUCAGGUGGCCUCAGGGUGAACCCAAACCUGUACGAGAACGGCAAGGUGUGCCUAUCGCUGCUCAACACGUGGAGUGGCAAGGGCACGGAGGUCUGGAACCCAGGCUCCUCCAUUCUGCAGGUCCUUGUGUCAAUCCAAGGCCUUGUGCUCGUGCCACGGCCGUAUUUCAACGAGGCGGGGUAUGAGAGGCAGAGGGGCAGCGCAGAGGGGGAGAGGAACGCAGAUCUCUAUAACGAAAGCGCCUUCCUUCUGUCGGCGAAAACCAUGAUCUACUCCAUCCGCAACCCGCCCAAGCACUUUGAGCCCCUGGUGGCGCUGCAUUUCAAGCAGCGUGCUGCUGCCAUUAUUGCUCUGUGCGAUACCUACGCCCAAGGGGCCAAGGUGUGUCCACUCAAGGCUGCUAGCACCGCAAGCCCGGCCACAGCCAAAGACGCAAGCCCAACUACUCAGGACAACUCAGCUGCUAAGGUCAACACAAGCCGACCCGAGUCUGGCAGCACGAGUGGUUCUGAGGGGAUUCAGCAGCAGGAGGGGUCGCUGGGACAGCAGGGAGCUGCUAGGCCGGCGGAUGCGGUGCAGAGCGGUGGUGGAGGUGACGAUGGGUGUUCGGCUGGGUUCAAGAUAAUGCUGGGGAAGCUACGACCACAGCUGGAACUAGCCUUGGCACGGGUUUUAAAGGGAUGA